AACAAGCCCCCGCUUGAUACUCCACCGACUAAACAACCACCACUGGGUUUGAUUUGAAGUAGUGACAGUGACAUCUCUCGAUCGAUCUUGAUCACAUAUACAAAUCAUCUUGCGAGCUAGCUAAUUCCUCCACUCCAAUCGCCGUUACCUAGCUGCAUUGAACCGGAUCUAACCAAUCUUUCUCUGGUGUAAGCAUUUUGACUCCACCGACGGCAAAAAAAUGAGUGAGAAAUCGAAGUCAAGAGGUUGUUUCGGUUGGUUCAUAGCUCUCAUCGUAUUAGCCGCCGUAAUCCUCGCCGUCGUCUACAUGGUCAAAUCCAAAAUGAAUAAAUCCGACGACGACGAAGCUGGUCCUGUCCCCGGACCUCCCGGCGCCAUCGAUAAGAAAUACGCCGACGCUCUCAAACUCGCCUUACAGUUCUUCGACAUCCAGAAAUCUGGCAAGUUGGUGAACAAUACGAUACCUUGGAGAGGAGACUCGGGUCUCAAAGACGGAAGCGAAGCCAAUCUCGACCUCUCCAAAGGCUUAUACGACGCUGGCGACCACAUCAAGUUCGGUUUCCCUAUGGCCUUCACCGCCACCGUCUUGUCGUGGUCCAUCCUCGAGUACGCUGAUCAAAUGGACGCUGUCAACCUACUUGAUCCGGCUAAAGAAUCACUUAAAUGGACCACCGACUACUUCAUCAAAGCCCAUCCUUCUGAUAACGUGCUCUACAUCCAGGUGGGAGAUCCGGAGUUGGAUCAUCCCUGCUGGGAGAGACCAGAGACCAUGAAAGGGAAGAGACCGGUCAUCAAGAUCGAUGCAGACACUCCAGGGACCGAGGUCGCUGCGGAGACCGCUGCGGCCAUGGCUUCAGCGUCUUUGGUGUUCAAAGAUAGUGACCCUCAGUACUCGGCCACGCUUCUGAAACACGCGAGGCAGUUGUUUGAGUUCGCUGAUUCCAAAAGAGGCUUAUACAGUGUGAACGUACCUGAGGUUCAGAAGUUUUAUAACUCCACGGGGUACGGUGACGAGCUGCUAUGGGCGGCUAGCUGGUUGUACCACGCGACGGAGGAGAAAACUUAUCUGGACUAUGUCAGUAAACAUGGAAACGAGUUUGCUCGUUUUGGUAACCCGACUUGGUUCAGUUGGGACGACAAGCUUGCAGGAACACAGGUACUAUUGUCAAGGCUACUCUUCUUUAAAAAAGAUUUAUCAGGAAGCAAGGCACUUGCAAGUUACAGAGGUACAGCUAAAGCUGUAAUGUGCGGUCUUCUACCAAAAUCUCCAACAGCUACUACUAGUAGAUCAAACAGUGGUCUUGUACUGGUCAGUGACUGGAACCCGCUGCAACAAUCCGUUUCCGCAGCGUUCUUGGCCUCACUCUUCAGUGAUUACAUGCUCACUUCACGUAUCCAUAAGAUCUCUUGCAACGGGAAGAUCUUUAAAGCAACAGAGCUCAGAGAUUUCGCCAAAUCACAGGCUGAUUACAUAUUGGGGAAGAAUCCGAUGGGAAUGAGCUUCGUGGUCGGUUAUGGAGACAAGUACCCAGAAUACAUCCAUCAUAGAGGCGCUUCGAUACCUGCAGAUGCAACCACAGGGUGCUUAGAUGGGUUCAAGUAUUUUAACUCGACCAAACCAAACCCAAACAUAGCGUAUGGUGCACUCGUGGGUGGGCCUUACUUGAACGAGACGUUCAGCGACUCAAGAGAGAAUGUGAGGCAGAACGAGCCAACGACUUAUAACAAUGCCUUACUCGUUGGUCUCUUGUCUAGCCUUGUCACUACCUCUUCUGCUCUACAGUCAUUGAAGUGAGCCAUCAUAUCCUUUGUUAAAAUCACACAUUGCUUCGUUUUUCUUUUGUCCUCCUGAUGUGUGUGUGUGUAUGUAUAUUCACGUUGUGUAUUGCUUUGAUAUAUUGAUGAGUAGUGUUGUUGUAUUGUAAGUUUGUUGUAAACAAGGUACAAAUACAAUAACUAAUUGCUUUUGGUUAGUUUAAAAUAA